UUGAGUCGUAAACUCAUGGGUAUGCUCAAAAUGGCUGUUAGUCCUGACUUGAAUGGGCACUUUCGUUCUAUGGAUUCUAUUUCUAUGGAUAAUAUUUAUUUUCGCGUUGUCAGUGAAUAGCUAAAAGCCUUUCGCAAAUUUCAAAAUACAAUCGUGGGAAAUACGUUUGGAAAGCAAAUGCCUACUGCCCGAAAGAGAAGACUAAUUUGUCAGUAGAAGCUACCAUUUUUUUCCCUCAACAACGAACAGCACUGUUUUUCAAAGUAGUCAGGCGCUAUCUUGAGACCAUCACCUGUACAGUGAGAACCCUAGGCUACGCAUAUUCAUGCUAUCCAUCUUCAUCAUUGGGAAUCAGUAUGGCACACCGCUCUCAGUGUUCCUCAGCCGGGGAUAACCGCCUGGACCCCAACUAUGUGCCUCCCCACUACCGCGAGGAGUACCGUCUGGCCAUUGACGCACUUGUGGAGGAUGACCUGGAGGGCUAUUAUGAAUUCCUCCAGAGUGCGGAUGUGGUGGACUUCCUUUCCAGACAGGAAAUUGAGCACAUUAAGUGCACAGUGAAAGUUCCGUACCAGAACACUCAGCCUGAGCUCCCAUAUGUGGAGUCUGGGGGAGACGGCUCUUCAGACACAUACUGGCCCGUCCACUCUGACUUGGAUGCACCCGGACUUGACCUUGGCUGGCCCGAACAGCAUCGCUUCAUAGGCCCCACCGAUGUCACCACACUGGUUAACCCCUCUGAGCCAGAUAUGCCAAGUAUCAAGGUGCAGGCUCGUCGACUUAUCAAGAAUGCUCAACAAGUGAUCGCUGUGGUAAUGGACACUUUUACAGAUGUGGACAUCUUUGCUGAUAUUCUGGAUGCUGCCAUGCGAAAUGUUGCCGUGUAUAUCAUUCUGGAUGAACAGAAUGCACACCACUUCACUAGCAUGGCUUCCAACUGCCGGGUCAAUCUGGAAAACAUUCAAUUCAUGCGUGUCAGAACUGUGUCAGGGGUCACCUAUCACUGUCGCUCUGGGAAGACCUUCAAGGGUCAGAUGAUGGAUCGCUUCUUGCUGACAGACUCCAGGGCAGUCCUGAGUGGAAACUAUAGCUUCAUGUGGUCUUUUGAGAAGCUUCACCGUUGCAUGGCUCACCUCUUCCUUGGACAGCUUGUGACUACUUUUGAUGAGGAGUUCCGGAUCCUGUUUGCACAGUCCCAACCUUUGGUACUGGAAAAUGGCCUUGUUCCAAUGCCACACUACAGCAGUUUAUCUGACAGCCAAUACAGCAGUGAUCGGACACUAUUGUUCAGAGAUCCCAGAAAGUUCCUCCCCAUAGACAGCUCUCGUCCUGUAGAAUGGGCUAGACAUUCCUCUGAUGACCGCAUGGAUAUGGUUCAGAAUAUGAUGCCUCCUGGAAGGUGUGAGCCCAUCCACAGUUCACUAGAUCAGGGUCCACUAGAUAUGUACAGCAACAAGUACUCCUCCCAGCAAUUUAAACAGGAGCAGCAGUCUUUUAUGGCACAAGGUCACCCCAUGAUGCAGUCAAACACAAUGGAGUUUGCUGGCUCUAAAAGGCACAGUUAUGCAGAGGGCACUUAUGCCGGACAUUCCUCCUCUCAAUUCACGCAGCACCAAGCCAUUCACAGUUUUGAGGGGGAUACGGCAACCCAGAACAGGAAGAUACAUAGGGAACAGCAUCACUAUCAGAGAACAGGGCUAGAACCAGGUUAUAGCGGCUACGAUCAAUUCAGGGACCAAGGGUACCCUCUGAUGGAUCAGUAUUCUGAGUCUGGGUACCCACAUGGAAUAGCGAUAGAGCCACCAGACAACUAUGACCCUGUACUGAAUUAUUUGUCAUCAAACCUUGCUGUGGAGCUGGGACAUGGCUCAAACAAAUUAUUAAGUCCAGGAGAGGGUCCCUUUAGUCAGUCAAACCCCAAAAGACUGAGCACGGGCCAGCCUCAUGCCUGUCAGACCUCCCCAACACAACAAAACCCAUUUGAACAGAGAUCAUUUUUUGUCAGGUCUGGUUCGGACUGUAAAACACAGGAUCCCAGUGCAAAGCAGGGGAUGCGAGAUUGGAGGAUCAGCUCAUACCUCAGUGCAUAUGAUGAUGCAGGAGAGGAAAACAUUCCACGGCCUAUGGGAAAUGACCCCUUUCAAGAGCCCCUUAAUCCAUCACAAGGCAAAUUAUUUGCUCCACUGGUAUCAGAUCCCAGGUUUAGUGCCAAAGAGUUACCCAAGAUUCCAGGGCUCAGGUUAAACAAGCCCACCUGCCCAGAACACUCAAGAACACUAGAAAUUCUUGUUAGCUUAGAUGCCCAAACAACACUAAAACCACCUUCGGAGUUGUCAUCAACCACUGAAGGUGAAAAAUCAGAGGAGAUGGAUGUAAAAGAGCCCAAAAGAGAAGAGUCAUUCCGUAGGAGGUUCAAUCCUGCUAUCCAAAGGACCUCUAGACUAAGAUCCUCACUAAUCUUCAGCUCACAACUAGAACAGCAUAUCUCACAGGAACAGACAUGUAACUCUGGCCAACACUGUGAGGAAACUGCCAAUGAGGAAGAUGACCCAUCUAGAUUAUCCUUGACCGCUCAGGUUUUGGGAAAAAGAAAAUCCAUUACAAGAGAACCUUUUGAAUGGAGACUUAAGUCAGCGAUAGUUGAUAAUUCAACCAUUGAGUCUUUGAAAUCUGAGGACAUCACUACUGAUUCGGGUGAUAAGGAAUUGACAAAAUAUCUUCCUGUGAGCACUGACAAGGUUUCUUCAAUGGAACAAACUAAUUCUGCCCAUGAAAAACAAAUUGAAACGGUAGAAUCUGCACACCCAUCCAAACCUGCUCAAGUUGAGAAACCCAAAACCAUACAAUCAGCACACCAGGCAUCUUCAUUGAGCAAUAAAUCCUAUAUAGAUAUGAAUGAUCCAGACAGUAGGUUAUUUUUUUUUAAAGAGUUGGCUGCCAAACGAAAAGCUGCAAAGGCUGCAGGGUCUGAGAGCAGCGCUGAAAAAGCUCCUGUAAAACCAGUGACUCCAUUUGACUUGAAAAUUAAGGAACCAGUCACAAGGAUAGAACCUAACCUUCCAAUAGCCACACUAAAUCCAGCAGAUACUUCAACCAAUAAGCCAGCUCCAGCAGAUACUUCAACCAAUAAGCCAGCUCCAUCAACAGAGGCACCUCCUAAUCCAGCAGAUACUUUCACCACAAAGCCAACAACAUCGACAGAAGCCCCACUUUAUCCAACAGAUACUUCAAUAAAAAAGACAGCUACAUCAACAGAAGCAUCAUCAGAAACACUGGAGACUUCACCAGUGUUACAGGAGAACAAAACAUCCAUGGCAAAAUGUGGCUCCUUACUUGAUGUCAAAGAACACCAUUCUAAAAAUAAAGAACAGCAAGACCUUCAACUUCCCAAAAGUGACUCCAAAACAUUCCUCAGAGAUAAAUUAUCUUGUGUCGAUGGCCUACUUAGAGUCUCUACUGAUACUGAGAAGAUAGAGCUGAAGAACAGUCGGAACCAAAGUGUUUCUAAAGUUAACCCUAGAGAUACAAGUACAUUUCUUAAGAGCACCUCAAAUCAGUGUUCCUUUAACAUCUCCCCAAAGGAUUUCAGUUUAUAUAAACUAUCUCCAAAGAAACCAAAGUCAUUCAAUCCUGCUUCAAAUGAGCUAAACCCAUCUCUUCCACUCACACUAACAGAAGCUAGCUCAUCUUCAUAUCCGACACCAAAAGGUUUAAGCUCAACUAGUCUCACUUCAUCAACAAAUGCAGCAAAGGAGUUGAGCUCAGCCCUUGCCCCCACCCUUAAGGAGCCCAGUUCAUCUAUCCCCAUGUCAAAGCAGCCAUUACCAUCCUCUAAACCUAUCACAGUAGAGUCCAACAUACCUCUGAGCCCCACCCAAUCUGAGCCAGGUGUGUCUCAUAAGCAGGACAAAACAGAUUCCAAGGAAUCUCUCAGCCCUAUCCCAAUGCAAUCUUGCUCAUCCUCAAUCCCUGCAACAGAAUUUGGCCCUCCGCCAAACCCUACCCAAACACAAUCUAGUUUCUUACCCAAGUCCACUUUAGUUGGGUCAAUUUCAUCAACACCAACGGAAUCUAACACCUCUCCCAAACCCUCCACAAAGGAGUCAUUGUCUACAAUUGCCACAACUGAGUUGAGGUCAUCCUCUCCUAAAACCAACCCAAUAAAAUCCUAUUCCUCCCCUUGUCCUGGCCAACAUGAGUCGGUUUUGUCACUCAAACAUUCCAAAACAGCAUGCAACUCCUCUCCAAAGCCCGCUACAGUGUCCAAUGACUCUUACAACUCUUCACCUCCAUCUUCAAAGCAUGUCAUGGAAAAAACAACAAAUCUCCCAUCCUCACACCAACAAAAUCUAGCUCUCCUCCUGAGCCUACCCCAACAGAAUUUAGUGCUUCAACCAAUCCAACACCAAGAGAACUCAACCCUCUUCCUAGCACCACCCCAACGGAACCAAGUGCAUCUACUGGCCCGACCCUAACAGAAUCAAGUGCAUCUUCUAACCCAACCCCAACAAAAUCACACUCCUCCCUUACAUGUGGGUCAGGUGGAUCAGUUGUGUGUCCCAAGCCUGGCCAAACAAAGUCCAGAACUACUCCAAACCUCACCCCAAAAGAAUCUUGUUCCUCUCCUAAUCAUACCCUAACUGAACCUACCUCACCAUUCAACCCUGUCCUUGUGGAAUCUGUCCCAUCAAGCAACUCAAACCCAACUGAAUCCACUGCCUCUCAUGACACUGCCCCAGCUCCACCCGUCGUUGUGGAUAACAGUAAGGAGGGCAAACCAAGUAAACUUAACAAGGAGCAAAAAGUGGGAAGUUCUGCAGCUUAUAAAGGUGAGAAGAUAGCAGGUGAUCCUGAAACUAAGAGCAAAACUGCUCCUGGAGAAUCUGCCUCCCAUGCAUCUCAGAGUCAUGAUGAGACCAAAGAGAAUAACAGCACUAUGAAACCAGAGAGCACAACAGAUCAAAGCAAUCCCAUACCAACCCCAGUGAAGCAACCUAAAGUAAGCCAGUCCCACUACUAUUUAUCUACUGCCAAUGUACUCUCUAGCAGCAACCUAAGAGAUGACACAAAGCUCCUAUUAGAGCAGAUUUCUGCUAACAGCCAGAGCAGGACAGAACUCACUAAAGAAUCUGCUGUCACUGAUGAUGCCAAACAGGAUGAGGCUGACCGGGGUGUUAGUGGUAAGGAGGAAGCAUCAGCCCGACGACAGAUCGGAGGCCCGGCUAGAACUUCUCAGGAGAGGGAGAAGCUUCUUCAGAGAAUCGAUAGCAUGCGGAAGGGGAGGAAAGUCUACAGCCGCUUUGAGAUGGCGCCUUAACCAGGGAUCGGAAGGAUGAGUGAGUACGGAGAAAGACCACAUUUUCCUCUAGAACUUGUCCUGUAACUAUGCCCAUUCUCCAAAAGUCUAAAACCACAGAUCGGAGAGGGAUCACUAGUUAACUAACAUAAAUAUUAUUCUCAGGUUUCUAUAUUCGAGGGUUUCUCCGAAUAGACUAUAUGCAUGUAAAGCAUUAAGGAUUUUGGGAACAAAAACUUGACUAAGUUUACCAACAUGAAUUUCUGUGUAAAUAAGCAGAGACUCUACAGUGUGGACAAUGGACCUCUGCUGUCGACAAAGGGGAACUGAAAAAUCCAAUCCCAUCAGCUAAAUGCACAACUAAAUAUGCAAUAUAUUUGAAAAUGAUUGUGUUCCUAGACACACUGGACGCACUGGUGAUGUUGACUGCAAUGUAAUAUCUGUCACUCUCUGGGUUGUUUUAUUAUUAUCUGUUUGAGGAUCUGUUUUAUAUACUAACAAUAAUUUCCAAAUAAUACAAUUAGAAUCACCAUAGAAAAUGUAUUAAUCAUAAACAGUGCAAGAAUAGCUUUCAAAUAGUUGGACCACUUUUUUCAUUUGGAAUGCUUUAUUAGAAUUAUUAAAUCAGAAUGACAGUGUGCUAGAUUAACCAAAUGUAUGCAUGAAUAAUCAUGUGUAUUUGCACAAAAAAUGUAUGUGUAUAUAUACAGUAUAUAUGUAAUACUGUGAUUUUAAUGCCACAGGACAUUAGGUCCUUUUUUUAAAAAGGCUAUCUGUGAUUGCUACAUCAAUUUUGGACUUUUAAAUUAAUUAUACACUACCGGUCAAAUGUUUUAGAACACCUACUCAGGGUUUUUCUUUAUUUUUUACUAUUUUCUACAUUGCAGAAUAAUAGUGAAGACAUCAACACUAUGAAAUAACACAUAAGGAAUUAUGUAGUAACCAAAACAAAGUGUUAAACAAAUCAAAAUAUAUUUGAGAUUUGAGAAUCUUCAAAUAGCCACCCUUGCCUUGAUGACAGCUUUGCACACGCUUGGCAUUCUCUCAACCAGCUUCACCUGGAAUGCUUUUACAACAGUCUUGAAGGAGUUUCCACAUAUACUGAGCACUUGUUGGCUGCUUUUCCUUCUCUCAGUCCGACUCAUCCCAAACCAUCUCAAUUUGGUUGAGGUCGGGGGAUUGUGGAGGCCAGGUCAUCUGAUGCAGCACUCCAUCUCUCUCCUUCUUGGUAAAAUAGCCCUUACACAGCCUGGAGGUGUGUUGGGUCAUUGUCCUGUUGAAAAACAAAUGGUAGUCCCACUAAGCCCAAACCAGAUGGGAUGGCUUAUCGCUCCAGAAUGCUGUGGUAGCCAUGCUGGUUAAGUGUGCUUUGAAUUCUAAAUCAAUCACAGACAGUGUCUCCAGGAAAUCACCCCCACACCAUAACACCUCGUCCUCCCUGCUUUACGGUGAGAAAUACACAUGCGGAGAUCAUCCGUUCACCCACACCGUGUCUCAAAGACACGGCGGUUGGAACCAAAAAUCUCCAAGGACAAAUUUCCACCGGUCUAAUGUGCAUUGCUCAUUUUUCUUGGCCCAAGCAAGUCUCUUCUUCUUAUUGGUGUCCCUUAGUAGUAAAAAUUAAGAAAAACUCUUGAAUGAGUAGGUGUUCUAAAACUUUUGACCGGUAGUGUAUAUACCUAUUGAUUCUUGAAGAAUAUAACUUGUAAAAUGUCCCAUCAGCUUAGUUCAUCUGUCGUACCCCAUCAGAACUCAAAAUAUAAGCUUGCUUUACUCAAUUGUUUGUAAAUGAUGCAAUUGUAAAAAAUAAAAGAAAUACUUUAUAGCCUCAAAAGAUGGUUAUAACUAUAGUUUUGAUGUCAUGGAUGGUCAGUUCUUCCAUCCAUAGGUCUCUGAAUUUGAGACUGUUACAUUUCUCAAGCCCCAUCCCUCAGUUGUGUACCAAAUAACAGUGGCAGGGGGUGGUGGCUUUGUUGUUGUUAAAACUGCAGAUUGCCCCUUUAACCAUUGGACAACAGCAUGGUAUGCUGUUUUUCAGUUAUAUCACUUGCUUAUCUUCAUGUCCAUUGACCCCCUCUAUGUCUCAGUGGGAAAGCAUUCACUAUGGUUAAUCAUUUAUGGAUUGGUGUGUAAAUGCUUUCAAUGCCAAAGUCUGAAAAUGUCAUGAAAAUAUCAUUUCUAACCUGCUCAAUCCACUGCCUACAGUAUGUAAACUAUAUUUUGUUCUUUAAUAUUAUAUGCGAUUCCUUACUGGUUGAACUAGUUUUAAAGCUCCGACGGCUCUGUUUUUACCAGUAUUUGCAUGAAUUGUUAUUUGAAUUCAUUUGCUCAACCGUGUUGGACGUCACUGGUGUCAAGCUCUGUGCUCUGCAAGCUAGUUUCUAAGCAGUACCUAGCAGUCACUUGUGACUGAUCUGCUGAUACACAGUUGAUACACAGUCAGCUGUUGUGUAGUCCCUGGGUUACCCUGUCUAUUAUGUUUACUGUAGAAAUGUACUAAGCUAUGUAAAGUAUACAAAUGAACACCAUUUGCUUGAUAGUGCGGUCUGUUUGAUUUUUUUGUGGGGGGGACUGGGGCUUUUAGAUGUUUUUUAAUGUUUCAUAAAAAAGACUGGAAUAUUGUGCAA